ACCGUAUCAGUGAUAACACCACCUUUCGAACGACAUCGUUUGGUAUCUCGGUACUGGGCUGCCGCCAUGGCCGUUCAUUAAGCUCUCUCUCUGCCUCUCUUAAUCAAAUCAUUGGCAAGAGUGGGGGAAAUGGGGACGAGAUCGAAUUUCUACAAAAACCCUUCCCUCUCUUACAAGAAAGAUUUAAAUCUCUCCUCUGCUCUUCAAAACCUAAAAGCCUAUAAUAUCGCCACCGGAAAUGCUCCUCCGCCGAUCGGAGAACAAUCUCAGGUCGAAAACAAAGGCGCGUGUAGGAAACGCACGAGGGAGCGUCAGCCAUUGUCGCGGACUCACCGUAGCCGUGAAAUUGAAGACAAGGAUGGACCUAUGUCUCAUCACGAUUACAUCCUUAAAAGAAGGAGAGAGGUUAGUUCAUCUCAGGGUUAUGACCAACUGAGUACUGAUAUGUUGCAAGCAUCGAAUUCGAGUGUAGCUUUGGUAGACUAUGGAAGCGAUGGAAGUACUUCUUCCGAUGAUAAAGAAACUCAGGAUCCUCCAGAUUCUGGUGAUUUGAAUGAAGCAGAUCGAAUUAAGAGCAGAAGUGAGCAACGGUUUCCUCUUCCAGGCGAACCUGUUUGUGUAAUUUGUGGCAGAUAUGGAGAAUAUAUAUGUGACAAGACUGAUGACGACAUUUGCAGCAUGGAGUGCAAAUCUGCUCUUUUGCGUAGCCUUCAAAUAACUGAGAAAUCCGUGACCAUGAGCAGUCAAAAUCCGUCUCUUUCAUCAUCUGAACUUACAUCCAUCUAUCGUACUCCUGAACUUGAGGAAGACGCUUGGGAUUACAGUAACCAUCGCUGGUUCCAAAGGGGGUCUAAUCUUUGUAGCUACAAAUGUUGGAAAUGCGAGAGGCCGGGACACCUUGCUGAAGAUUGCUUGGUCACCACAUCGGAGCAGGCUGCGACGAAGCGGAGCAAGCCCACUUCUCUAUCCAGAGAUCUUCUUGAACUGUACAGAAGAUGCCAUCGGAUAGGUGAAAACUUAUCUCUUGCAAGCUGUAAUGCAUGUCGUAGCUCGAUUGGACUAGCAACAUGCCUUCAUUGCAGCACUGUUGUUUGUGACAAUGAAGGACAUUUGAAUGAACAUAUCUGUACCCAUCCAUCCCAUAAACAGUACUACUCUCAUAAACUCAAGCGAUUGGUGAAAUGCUGCAAGUCUACAUGCGAGGUGACUGACAUUAGGGAUCUUUUGAUUUGCCACUACUGUUUCGAUAAGGCAUUCGACAAGUUCUACGACAUGUUCACGGCAACUUGGAAAGGAGCUGGAGUUUCAAUCAUUUGGGGUUCUAUUUGUUGUGAAGAUCACUUUGCUUGGCAUAGAAUGAACUGCCCGAACGCCGAUAUCGAGGACCAAUCGUAUUUGAUCGGUAGAAACACCGGGAAAGGGAAACAUGUUCAGCUCAGUGACUUCAUUUUCUAACGGACUGCUGGCAAUGUGGCAAUGUUUAUGGGGAAGGGGCCUUGCCUUUGUAAAUUUA